CCGGAACCAACCCAUUGCAGAAACUCUCAUUGCCAAGAUGGCUCCARUCGUAGAAGAAACCCAACUCCCUGGUCCGAGGAUGACCAAGUUCACGUAGGUGCUUUUCGUUUUUCGUAUCUUGACACGAACAAACGCGAGUCGAUAGCUAUGUUUCGCAACGGAUUUCCCGAUUCGAAACGAUUCUUUGCUGGUCCUUGCUCACAGUAUUUGCAUCGGUUGCUUUGCCGGGAUUGUUUCUUUCUUUCUUUUCCCCGGCCAUCCUUGAUCACGAACAAACACGACACGACACGACACGACACGACACAAUACAAUAUAACACAACACAACACAACACAACACAACACAACACAACACAACACAACAACCGCAGCUGCUUCCGGGGCUUUCUUCCUUCCAUUUUUUCGGUCGCGGCCAUCGUCUUGGGAACCGCGGCCAACACGUUCUGCGAAAACGUCAUGUUUCGGCAAAAGUCGGGAAACGACGACCUGGUCAUCUUUGUCGGGCCGUGGUCGUACAGGGCCCCGUAUUCCCCCGAGUGGGGUGGGAGCACCCUGGUGUACAGUACGUGCCGCAGCUACAGUUACCUAGAGGAGUACCAGGGCUUCGACUACACCUUCGAUGCCAAGACGAGAACCGUGCAGGCGUUCUCGAUCAUCACKCCCCUCGUAGGUGGUCUUUUGUUGAUUUUAACGUGCUGCGGAACCUGCGGAAAAUCGUUGUCCAAGAGCUGGAAGAUCAUUGGGUACCUUUUAUUCCUGACCAGUGCCCUGCAGGGAAUCACUCUCCUCAUCGAGAACUCGAGCAUCUGUUACGACAACCCGGUGAUCCAGUACCUCGAGGCAAAGAAUUCCGAUCUGGCCGGCACCUUUCCCUCCGAGUGCAAGUGGGCGGGGGGGUUCAAGAUCAACGUUGCGGCGGUGUUGCUGUGGGCCGKGGCCGGGGCCUGCUGCCUMUUGUUGCCGCCGCCGCUCGUGAUCCACGAGCGGCCCCGCCAGGAGCAGACGGUGACCUACACGCAGGGGCCCGAUGGGAAGGUCCAAGAAACCCACGUGGCGGUGGUCAAGGGAACGCCUGUGGAACCGUAGGAAGUGGCGGUGGUCGUCGGGGUUGCCCAUGUGUUUCCGAUCGUCGAUGUGCGCGUGGCGUGGCGUGGCGUGGGCCGAUUCCGUUGAGCACCAACCUACUGUAAAAUAUUUAUCGAAACGCACAAGGGCGGCGCGGAACACUAGUCUAGAAGUAGUUCAG